GGGUCAGCAACGGACCGCCGCAUCAGCAACAGCCGCAACCUCGGCAUCACCACCGAGCCACAGACUCGCACCGGACCACCACCAACAACAACGGCAGCCACAGCAGCAGCAGCAGCCGACUCGAACGCUCUCGCCGUCGCGCGCACUCUCGCCGUCGCGUGCGCUCUCACCGUCGCGCGCGCCACGGAAGCCCAUCGUCUCGCGGUUGCCGUGGGAGGCCGGCGACGGUGGCGCGGGCACACGGAAGCGGUCGGUCUCGCCGGCGGCGCGGUCACGAUCAAACUCGCCGCAGUUGAGACAGCUGAGAAGGGUCAAGUCGGUUGAGGGAGCAGCGGUGCAGGAGGCGGUCGGCGCGGCUAGGGCGAGUGCGGCCAGGUACGGCAGGACGGACCGGCCCGAGUUCUCGCGGUCGUCCGAGACGGUCAUAGCUGGCGUCGAUCCGUACCAUCUGAAGGAAGCGCGGCUGGUCAAACCAAUGCAGUCGUACGCCGAGUACGAUGUCGACGCGGCGUGCCUUGCCGAGUCGCUGGAGCUUAUUCCGUGCUCGUCGUGUGGCCGCAAGUUUGUUCGCGAUCGGCUUGGCAAGCACGAGUCGAUCUGCUCCAAGGAGCGGUACGUGAGGACACGGUUCGACUCAUCGCAUGCGCGCAAAGCAGGAACAGGGGCCGAGGUGUAUGGCGAGACUGGCUCGUCGCCGCCUGCCCGCUCGCGGUCGCCACUGCCCGACGGUGCCGCCGACGCUUCGGCACCGGUUGCAGCGGGCGCCGCCGGCUCGUCGUCGACCCGCCGCCCGCGCAAGCCGCCCAUCCGCGGCGGCAAGUCGACACGUGGGAGCAAGCCUUCGCGUGGGAGCUCCGCCGCCGCGUCAGCAGCAGCGGCAGCAAGUAAGCGGCGGGCGAGCAAGAAGGCGCCUGGCGAGGCGUCCGACUCGGGCUCGGGGGGUGGGGGGCUUGGCGCUGGCGCCAACCGGCGGCACGUCAAGGGCACGACCCAGCCGGGCUCCAAGUAUGGGGCGCCCGUGCGGAGCGGGCGGCGGCGCGGAAGCAAGCGUGGAAGCAGGCGGCGGGCGUGACACGAGCACAGCUGCAGAGCUUUGCAUUUAUGUUCCGCCGCUGGCACUCAGGUCCGACGGCGGGUCCGGCGUGUGCGGCCAGUCGCCGACGGAUCCGUGGGUGAGUCAUCGGCCGAGGCCGUGCGGGUCCGCCGGGUGACGCGGGAUGCCGACGAGGAAUGUGUCGACGAGGCAUUAAGGCUCUCGUCGGAUGAUGACGGCGCAGGCGUGGUGUCGACAGCUCGUGCAGGCGCCGGUGUGGAAGCCGGUGGCGGCUGGUCGCGGGUGACGCGCUGCGCCUUGAUGGCGUUGAUCCGGGCCUGGACACGGGCGAUGAUGCGUUCCUCCUCGGCGAGCUGUUCGUCGAGGGCGGAGAGGGCGGCCGCGCUCCAUUUGGGGUCGGCCUCGGGCGUCAUCUGGGUCUCCAGCUCGGCCACCGAGCGGCGAAGCAUGGUCAUGUACUUGAUCGUUUCUUGCAGCACGUUUGUCUUCUUUGUCGACCGCGCCAUCGAGAGUGAUGGCACAAGCUCGGUCAGCCGUGCCAGCCGGAGCUUGAUCCCGUCGCGCCGUUGCUUCUCCACCGAUCGGUGAUGGACCCGUCGGCGGACUUGCUGCGCCUCCUCCUCGGUCAUGCUCUCCAAAUCAAAGUCCUCCAGCGCCCGCUCGACCCGAGCAUUCAGCUCGCGGAUCUCAUCGUCGUUCAUACUGCGCCCUGAUGCAGGUGAAUCGAAUACGGCUGAAACCGGUAGCUUGGCUUGUCCGACCUUUGUAAAAAUAUGCCGUUUCUCCGCGCGGCUCCGGCA